AUGCCAAACGGCCUUGAUCUUAAGAAUUCCUACGACCAAAAUAUUAUUGGUGCCGUUCAUCGACACCGUUCACUUCUAAAGCGGAAUCAGGAUUGCCAUCCCGUCUCAGCCCCUCAAGAUUUGCUUCUCUUGGCUCCGCCGAAUCAAAUGCUUCAGAGAGGCGCUGUCAUGCUAUGCCAGCAGCAUCAAGAGGUUGAUACGAGAAUUAUUAUCGCACCAGGGGCAAAAAGGGAGAAAGAAGCAGGACAAGAAAGAGGCAUGUUCCAUGAAUCCCCAGAUAUAAAUGCUAGCAAAACCAGUAUGUUCGGUGAUAAGAACAAUAACAUCAAACCUGUCAUCUUGAUCUUGAAUGUGCAUGUUCCUUGCCACUAG